AUGUUGUGUAACAUACAUAAUACAAACGGCAUCGUUCGUAACAGUUGCAAUAUUCUUGACCACACAGUGUGUUCCGUUAACGAUGCCUCCGACGGCAGCAUAGCACAGAGUGCGCAUCUCACUUUAUUCAAUUUCGAAAAAAUAUGUCGAGUCGUAGUCCAUAUUCGUGAAUUUUCGUCGGUUUUUCCAGUGAAACAGCCGUACCGAAACCACUGUAUUUCUCAAAUUCGUGCUUUUCCCUCGAAAAAGCACUUUUUGUUUCUCGCGGCACACCCCGUCCACUCUUCGCUUCUUUACCCGUCACGUGCACCAUCACGUCACGCAUUUUUUAAGUUAUCACGUGCGUGUGUCCGGGCAACGCUGCGUCCUCUCAAAUUCCAUGGACUUCUUCUGUUCCGUUGUUCGUUUGGUCGUUUUUUCGCUCUUCGGUUUGCAAAUGCUGUAUUUCCCAAUACGGAUAUUUUCAUAUGUCUGCUUUUUAACUUUUUCCUGAUGGGUUCCCCGUGUGCUAUUCCGCUAAACACAGACACCGUAAGCAGCAUGUUGGCAUAUGUACCCAUUUUCGAUUUCGCAAUUUUUCAAUUUUUCGACUUUUCGAAAUCUUCGACUUGA